AUGGGGUGGAGAUCUGCGGCCGGCCGCUUGCUGGCGAUCCUACUCGCUCUGCACCUCCUCGUCGCCUCCUCCCACGCCACCCGCUUCACGAGGAGCUACAGGAUGAUGGCAGUGGAGGCUCCGACGUUCCGUGGGGCUAGAGGUGAUUCAGGAGAGGUCAAAAUGAUGCAGGGCAAUAGGAGGGAGAGCGACGCGAUCGUGGAGGAAAUGUUCGGGAGGAUGGCUCUGCAGACGACCGACUACCCGGGUUCAGGCCCAAACGAUCGUCACACUCCCAAGGCGCCCGGGACAUGA